GACCUGGUCACGUUCUCCAUCAAAGCGACAGCAUCUCCACUAAUCGCAUGAGUGCGCUAGUGAAGUCGUAAGUACUUAAGUGUUCGUAACGCGCGUAAGUUAGGGUUAUCGUACGAUGACUGCACCUUCGUGCGCAUGCUAUAAUGGACUACAUAUUGUAUCCGAGUCGCUCCCUAGUCGCUCCCCAAGUACCACCAUGAUUGCGCCGCAGGAUGACGAGGAGACGCCUCUCCUGCAACGACCAGAGCACCCAACAGCUACUAAGACACCUCUGCCAUGGGAUCAAUUUUGGAUUAUACUGCUCUUGGAGAUACCAGAUUUUCUUUCCUCUCAGACCCUUGCCCCGUUUAUUCCCCAACUCAUCAGAGACAUUGGAGUGACUCAAGGAGACGAAUCCCAGGUUGGUUACUAUGUCGGCGUCCUUCAAUCAUCAUACUAUGCAGCUCAUCUGCUGACUAUUUUCCAUUGGAGUCGACUAUCCGACCACAUCGGGCGGAAGCCUUUAAUGCUGACAGCUCUAUUAGCAAUCAUUGUUUCGAUGUUUUCGUUUGGGUUGUCGAAGACUUUCCUUGGUCUGCUGGUCAGUCGUGUUGUCUGCGGAGCAUUUGAUUCAAGCGAUAGUGUCCUCGAGACCUUGGUGAUGGACACCACUGACGUGACCAAUAUGCCCGAGGCAUACGGUUAUAUACCAAUUCCAUGGAUGAUCGGAAACACAGUUGGACCGCUCAUUGGAGGAUCGCUCUCCCGACCAGCAGACAGAUUCCCCAACAUCUUUGGGCGAUCAGAACUCCUGAAAACUUAUCCAUAUCUCUUGCCAUGCUCUAUUUCAGCAUUUUUUAUAUCGAUAGCUUGGCUAAUCACGUAUUUUCGUCUCAAAGAGAGCGUUUCUACCAGGACACCGCUUUGGGAGCUAAUUAAAGGAAGAUUCUUCGGACAGUCUUACCAAAAGCUUCGCCAGCCAUCAAGUAAUGUUGAUCCUGGAGAAGCCCAAUCAAAGCCGCUUCCGCUGCAUGCCUUGCUAACCUCGAAAGUGUUGAGGAUAACGACGAGUAAUGUUACCACAAGCCUGCUUCACAUAGCGUUUACUUCGGUCCAACCUGUUUUCUAUGCGACACCGAUUGAACUUGGUGGUCUUUCCCUUGAUCCUCCUCACAUAGGCGCUUUGCUUGCGGCACAAGGUGUCGCACAUGGCAUAUUUCAGCUACUUUUCAACGCUCGUUUACAUGAUCGCUUCGGUGCAGGAGCUAUCCACAUCACCGGCGUUAGCUCUGGCAUACCCAUCAUCAUUUUAUUUCCAGUCAUCAAUGCUCUGGCUCGAGCCUAUGGAGUAGGUAUGGCGGUAUGGCUGUGUGUUGCUGUCCAGCUUGCGCUGACUACUAGCCUGGUCAUGUGCUACCCCUGCAUGUCAUUAUUCAUCAGAGCAGCUGCUCCCAAUCGAGCCUCGUUCGGAGCAACCAAUGGAAUUGUCCUGGCAGCCGUCACAGUAGCAAGUAUCAUCGGUCCGGCGUCUGCAGCUUCGGUCUUCUCUUAUUCAUUGCAGGAAGGGCAUGAUGCAUGGUCGAUAUACUACUUCUUGAUGGCAAUUGCAUUUCUCGCAGUAGGUGCUGCUCUAUUACUUCCCCGUGAUCCUAGUGUAUGGGAAGAUUCCAAUGAUAUUAUCGCGAAUGACCGCGUGCUAUGACAGUAUAGGGGGGAAGAACCAGCAAACUCGAAUCUCCUGGUGUUCGCGAUGAGUUUGAACAAUGGUUUAAAGCAUUUGACCUUGUUCAGAUGUGUUCUAUGUGGUGCGUUUUCGUUCCCAGUUCCACUCUGAGAGUGUCUUGUUGUCUGGCAUGG